AUGGCACUGGCCACCGACGAAAUGAGCAACGGCAGCGGCAGCGGCAGCGGCAGCGACCCUUUUGUGAGGCGGAUUCAAGAGAUCCGGAUAGGGGACAAAUACCAGUUGGCGCAGAAACUGGGCGUCGGCGGUUUUGGUGGGGUCUAUUUAGGGCGUGGUGUUGACACGGGCAAAGAGAGCGCCAUCAUAAUCGAGCAUUCUAUGAGAGGGGCAAUUGAGUUCAACCACGGUAUCAAGGACAUCGCGCAGUACCUUCAACUUUUGUUCGACCAGGGUGACCUUGACCCUUCGAUCUGCACAGUGCUGAUUGUCCAUAUCAGAAUGAAGCCGCCACCACACUUUACGGCCAUACUGCUGAGGAGGAUUGAACUAAAUAUCUACUCUCGAAAAUCUAGCUAA